CAGGGAAUACCACACCAGAAACACGCCUUCACACUUAAAGUCUUUCUCAUCAGGGUUCUGUGAUCAAUCUGUAACUGGUACCAAUCGAUAUUGUAGUCAGCCUGUCAGAGCGCACGUUGGAGGGAACGCAGCUUUUGUUUGUUGUUGCUGUUUGUUAACAAGCAGAAAUGUCAUAAAGUGUGCUGUUGGUAUUUUAGUUUGAAAGUCAGGACCGGACCCUCAGGUGUAUCCUGUUCUAGCCUGACUCAGGUCGCAGCUCGGGUGGUGCUGGACGUGCUGAUGGCUGAAUGAUGGAGUUCGCGCUACGGUUCACGUCGACAUAAAGCAGCCUGCUCGGUGGCUUCACCCUUAUUCUGCUCCAACAGCUCAUUCCCGCACAGGUUCAUUAAGUUGUGUUGUGCAGCAUCAUGUUGGCCAGGAAGGGCCUCUUGCCGGAUGGCUUCCUGCUGACCCGGCUGGCAGAGGACCAGAACCAGCCAAACCGCAGUCGUUCGAGGUCUCAGAGAGCCCGCUUCAUCACCAAGACAGGAUCCUGCAACGUGGCUCACAAGAACAUCAGGGAACAGGGUCGCUUCCUGCAGGAUGUUUUCACCACCAUGGUGGACCUGAAGUGGCAGCACUCCCUCCUCAUCUUCACCUCAGCCUUUCUCUGCUCCUGGAUGCUCUUUGCUAUGAUCUGGUGGCUCCUCGCCUUCGCUCACGGAGACCUGGAGCCCCGUGACCCCAACGGCGAGCCCGGGCCAGUCCCCUGUGUCACCGCCAUCCACUCCUUCACCUCUGCCUUCCUCUUUUCCAUUGAAGUCCAGGUGACCAUCGGUUUUGGCGGCAGGAUGGUGACAGAGGAGUGUCCGAUGGCCAUCACUGUGUUGAUCAUUCAGAACAUUUUGGGGCUGAUUAUCAACGCCGUGAUGCUCGGCUGCGUGUUCAUGAAGACGGCGCAGGCCAACCGGCGAGCAGAGACGCUCAUCUUCUCCAGAAACGCCGUGAUUGCUCCUCGAAACGGCCGGCCGACCUUCAUGUUCAGAGUCGGAGACCUAAGGAAAAGCAUGAUCAUCUCAGCCACAGUCCAGCUGCAGGUGGUCCGGCGGACGGUGACGUCAGAGGGCGAGGUGAUUCCCGUGUGCCAGCUGGACAUCCAGGUGGAGAACCCUCUGAGGAGUAAUGGCAUCUUCCUGGUGUCUCCUCUGAUCAUCAGCCACACCAUGGAGCGAGGGAGCCCUCUGUAUGAGCUGUCCGCCCAGUCGCUGGCCUCCGAGGACCUGGAGAUCAUCGUCAUCCUGGAAGGUGUGGUGGAGACGACGGGGAUCAGCAUGCAGGCUCGGACCUCCUACAUACCGGAGGAGAUCCUGUGGGGGAGGCGCUUCGUCUCCAUCAUAACGGAGGAGGACAGCAGGUACUGCGUCGACUACUCCAAGUUUGGAAACACGGUUCCUGUCCGGAUGUCGUCUCUCAGCGCCAAGGAGCUCGACCAGACCAGAGGAGUCCAGGAAGGUGGGUCAGAUGUCCAGCUGCAGGGGUGGGGGUUGGUUCGAGCUGGCAGAGGAGGCUUCCGCAGAGGAGGAAGGGCCUACGACGGCUCCGCCCCUCACCCUUGGUACGCCCAAUCGGAGAAACCAGAGAAGGAGGUGGAGCAGAAAGGACAGAAGAAGACGGUGCAGCUGGAGGUGAUCGGACGGCAGAUCGAAGAGGACGAACUCGGAGAGAUGAGCGACUGAACACCACUCCUAAAUAAAACUGCACUCAGUUCCUCCAUGUGCCUGUUAGUGGAUGCUGUUCUCCCACAAUGCAAUGCACUAAAGUGUGUCAGAGCUGGAAAAGCAUGGCAGUGAAAUGUUUGUGAAGAAGACAGAAAAUAACAUUAUUAUUAGACAAACACUGAAUGUGUCUGUGUUAGGUUUGUCUCCUUUCCUGUUACUGAAAGUACUCACGAUAAUUAUAUUUAUUUACCACAUACUCAUCUAAAUUAUAAUGACCACAGCAACAGAAACUGACCACAUCAGAUGUUGUUCCUUGUUUUUUCCUGUGCAUAUUGACCACAGGCUAAACACGACUGGAACCUGCUGACAUUUUGGGACUCCGUUAACUGUUGUUGUCUUCUUUCAUUCCCUCGUGGUUAUUGUCUCAUCCUUUAGUCACAGAUUAUUUACAAACCCGUGUAUGUAGAUUAUUAUACUGCAGAUAAAAGAACUGAUAAAGGCCAGUAAGUACUGAGGUUUGUAGCACACGAUGUCCU